UUAUUUUGCAAAUUUUGUACCUGGACAGCUAUCUAUAAUUGGGGAAUCAUCUCCGGAUGGUUCCCCAAGCUCACUGGCCAGGAAUUGGUUCCGGACUCCCCUUCGGUCUGAUUGGCCAAAUCGAGAAAAGGAGAUCAGUCCGAGUAUUAAUACGUAAUUCGUCUGGAUAAUUCGCCUUUCCCUCCUUCGCCUCCUCGACUUCUGUUACCCGUUUUCUGACCAUGUCCACAGCUGCCAUAGAGCCAUCCCUGGAGGACCAACCGUGUGCGGAGUUGAGUGCGAAGCUUGCCUCGUCUAAUCUUGCUCAAUACGAAGGAGUGCUGGCUAAGUGUGGUUUCGACACUUGGUCUUCCGUACUUCAAAUCGGCGAAACCGAUCUCGAACGGCUUCAAUCGGAGUUGAGCCGUCGAAGGAAGCUGCAGCGAGAGUUCACCAGCAAUCCACCAGAUGUGCCGGAGACACAGCCAGCGUCGCCCGAUGCCCUUCUAGACUCGUCGAAGAGAAGAGUAUCGUUAGAAUCGCGGGGUAAACCCCUGGUGGACCCCGAUCGUCCUAACCAUCAGAAAUCGAUCAAAAGGAGAUAUCGUCGCCACCCUAAACCAGAUCCGAAUGCCCCAGUCAGGCCGAAAACUGGUUACGUCGAGUUCUCGGACCACAUUCGCUCAACCCACGACAUCAGUGGGUUGUCAUUCGUAGAAGUGGCAAAGUAUGUUGGAAACUUGUGGCGAGAUCUCGGGCGCGAAGGAAGGGGGGAGCGAGAAGACAAAGCCGCUGCCGCGAUGAUUCUAUACCGAGCCCGACUCGGUGAGUACAAGAAAACGAAGGGAUAUGCUCGAUAUCAUGAGUACCUGAAAGCCUUUUGCAGUGAGCAAUCCUCCCUGACAGGAAGCUCGGAAAAGCGCUGUAGCACAGAGCAAAGAAAGGGCGGGCGUCAACCUCUUGAUACGUCCAUGGAUGGUGGUGGAGAAUCCGAAUCAAUAGGCCCUGGCAUCUUGGAUACCACCUUAGAGUCGCCCCUGAGUGGCUCCGGAGACGAGUCUUCACGUCGAUCCGACUUGUUCUUGAUAUCCGCACCGACUUCACCGACGUUAUAUAUGUUCGAUCCGAAUUACAGGUUCACGAUUGCUCCCGCAAUGGACGCGGCCAGGGGAUUGCUCGAAAUGGCCCCGGAAGGUAUUGAGUACUUGGAUAGUGUCAAUCUUCCCCAGAAACCCCUGACAUCGCAAGUCAUUACAGCUUUCAUGGGUGGCACUGGAGCCAUGUUUCCAAUAUACGCUCGUGAGGAGAUUGCCGCCAUGCUUAGCUGGGCACAGGACUACAAGAAUCCUGCAAUGGAUAAGUUCCUGCUGAUAAACAUGCUUGUGAUCAUUGCUGUCGGCAGCUGCUUUGACUACUCCCUAACGGACGCUCAUUUUCGACAAUCGGCUUUCUAUUCAUGCCUCAAACAGUUGACUCAGAGUGAGGGCAUGUCGGAUUUGCAUCAUAUGCGGCUCUUCCUCUGUCUUUCAUUGUACUGUACUAUGGAAUCCCCCCUCACCGCCACACAGUUCUCAAAUACUGCCUUACAAAUCGGCCGACUUCAGAUUUCCCCCCGAGCAGACUUCAAUCACAACACCCCAAACAGUAUCCCGAACAACGAAGCACACUACUGGCGAUCCGUCUUCCGUACAGCAGUCUUCAUUGAGACUUGGCAGGGCCUGGCUCUCGGGCGGAAGUCGAAUGUCCUCGAGUCGGAUCUACACUUCGCUUGCCACUGGACAUCGUCAAGUUGUUUCAUUGAACAAAUCCUACAGGAGGAAGUUAGUAAGAUUGGGCUGAUUCUCGCGGAGAAAAUGGAGGGACUAGGACCUACUGGUUCUUCGUCGGAUGUUUAUGGCACAACCCUCAGGGCACGAAAACAACGAUUGGCUGCCUGGCAUAAUGAGUUGCCUUGUUCGGUGCACCUCGCAUCCCUCGACCAUAGAAACGAAGCACUGUACUCUCUCAUCCAGAGGAGGUCGAUCUUGAAUAUGCACAUGUUCUAUUUCAGUACGCUCAUUGGCAUCAAUCAUCAGUUGCUCUAUACUCUUGCCGAAUAUGAGAGCUCUGGCGACUGGUCCUGCUCAGGCUGCACCCUCGACGAGGCAUACCUGGGACGAGAUGAGUGUGAGUCUGCGGCUCAGCAAAUGACGCGGGUCGUCCUGCUCCAACAAGCUCGUACUGCUGGGGGAAGUCAAUUUUGGAUCAUCGUCUAUCAAACAUUCGUUGCUUGCGCCGUUCUCGUCCACUGUGCAACCCUACGACUGCUACAUCGCUCUGCCGAAGGCUUUCACGCGGACAUGUCGAGUGCGCAAGCAUGUGUGGACUUCCUAUCCCAAUGUACGCCCAACGUAUGGUUUACAGCGAGGUACCUCAACACGGUUCGGCCGUUAUUCGAAGAAGUGAGCGCGGCGAGUAAGACUGCUCCAUGGGCCUGGAUUCCAGCCAAUCAAGAAGCCGCACAGUCUAUCGUUGCAGGUAGCCUGGCCAAGGAAGAGGCGGAUAUGCCAUCUGUGAUGGAUAAAUAUCAUUUGUUGCGGAUUGCUAAGGACACGUUGUGCAACCUUUUGAUCGAGACGGAUGGAUGCUUAGUCGACGAAGCGGGAUAAGAGAACGCCAGUCAUUAUGGAAGUUAACGUGGUUCACUUUAGUAACUCUGGAGACCGAUGGCGUAAUGGUAGGUCCCACAUUCUCCCUGCUGUUCAAGGGUGGUCGGCGUCAGGUAUGUUCGAUCAGUCAGCGAUAUAACUCCCUUUUCCAGUGGAAUCAAAGGAACACCGUGAUUCGGGAUAUGAAAGGCACCUUGGAUUUUGGCUAUGAAAACAGGAUUGAUGAAUUUAACGCACCAGGGCGAUCACAGAUAGAAUCAACAAAGCACGUUGGGACCCUCUG